AUGCCAUGGAUUGCUAGUUGCUGUCAUGUCUUUGUCACUGGCGUUGUCUUCCCUAUCAUGCACUUUUUGUUGGGUCCAUUUCAGUACGACAUAUUGAAGUUGGUGUCAAGUGGAAAACGUUACGAUAACCUGGGAGACGAAGUAGAAGCUAAGAAUGAGGAAGGUGUUGAAAUUGAACGUGUGGUUGCCAAAUUAGACGAUCUUGUAUGCUACGCUGAUAUCGAACGCCCUCCGAGCCGAAAUAUCACUCGUACUCCUGCAUCAAUCACUUCCAAUCACUCAUCCGUGAAUUUUAAACGCUUUAGGAAGGCCAGUCAAGGAAGGUUUAAUGCGUCCUUAUCAUCUGUUUCAAAUUUCUCAUGUAGAAUAGCUGGCAAUGAAGAUCUCGUUGAUUUUAGACAGCUUUCAUAG